AUGGAGGAAUGUGGCUUUGAUGCAGAAGAGUUGAAGAAUGAGGUAGAAUCAGCGCUUGCAGGAGACAAGGCUGCUCCGGCUGAAGGCAAUGUUGGCAAUCCUGAGCAGUCAGAUGGGCCUCCUGCAGCCAAGAAAAGAAGGAGGGGCCCAAGGUCAGAAGUCCAGGAUGUUUGGAAACGCGAAGAAGAUGCAAGAGCUGCAGCCAAAGUGUUUGAGCCACAUCUUGUUCUUCUACCUCUGGGAAGUCACAACAAGAAGGUACCUUAUCGCUGUUUGAUUUGCACCAGCGUUAAGCAACCAGAAGGUAAAGUGGGUGAAUGCAAGCAGAUGACCCCUGGAUCAGUUCGGCAUUUUAUGCAGCAGCAUGUUGACUCCGAAGGUCAUGAAAGAUCAUUGAGGUCAGGGGGAGGAUGUAUUCAGGAACAUCCUCGCAAUUCUGUUCCAUGUGAAGCAAUUGACCUUGCUCAUCCCAUGGAGGGCAGUAUCCUUCAUGUCCACAAAGCGGAAUUUGGCUUGUGGGCCUCCUUCGCCAACCUGGAAGCCUCGGCCAAACAUGAAUACUGGAAGGAUGCAAAUACAGCUUCAUGGCAUGUGAGAUCACACAGUUGCAAAAAAACUGUCGAGGAGAACCAGAACAAAUCCCGACAAGUGUGUGACGAAUGUUUCAAGCUGACGAAAUCCAAGUCUAUAGUCAGAAUGCCCCUACGUUUUGCCAAAAAAUUCCAUGCAGCAGAGCUCCUCAACGCCAAGGUUUUUGAAGGUGAUGAGGUGGUGGAGACCGUGAUGAAAGCGAUCAAAGCUUCGAACCUCUACCAAAGAGACAAAGCCAACAUGGAUCAGUUGCUGGCCCUGGGAACGGGUCAACUUCAGCAGUUUGUCCGCACAUCCUUCCUCAGCGAGCAUUCCAUCUCCACGGAAAUGCAAAAGUGGCAGCACAUGGUGGUGAAGCCAUGCCUUCGAGUCAAUGUCGCAGCAAUCCCAGAGCAGUUCCGGCGGAUCGCGCAGCAGUUCGAGUUCUUGAUGGCUUCUGGCGUGAGUGACGAUGACGUCGCCAGAUUGAAGGUGGCAAGCGCAGCAAUUUCUGGCCAGCUCUCCGACCACCCAAUGAUAAUGGGUCUUGCCCUCCAAUGUCGGAGGAAACUUGAGAAGGAGUCACGUGGGAUCACAACGAUGAGAGGAAGACGCAGCAAUGAAACUCCGAGGGAACUUGCAAUGAUCUCCGACAGCGGACUACAGCUGGCAUUGGGGGCUUGCAAUCCUGGCCUUGCCAGAGAGUUCGGAUUAUCACGAGCUGCUCUCCGAAUACGCUUGGACGAGCUCGAGCGCUAUGGAUUGCCUUCUCCGGCACUUGCUUUGGUCUUUGACGGUGUGAUGAAAUCCAAUUUCGACUUGGCUGAUCAGCGCUUUCCCCGCACACCUGAGAUGCCCAAGCGUCGCUUGGUGGUAGCCUUUGACGCUACAUACGUCACAGAGACUUUGAGCCAGGCAGAGAUUGCAUCCCAGAAGGGUCUCGUGGGCGGGUCAUACAACCCAGUCAAUCCCAAAAAUGCCUUUCUGAGCUUGGAGCAGGUCGAAGACAUUGAUGUUUCUGCUGUUCAGAAGUCAUCCAGUAUGCUGGAAUUCCUAGCCUGGGAGCCAUCUGCUCCAAAGAAGACUCCGAUUUCCCUUUUGGCAGUCCCAAUUGAAGUUGGGUUUGGAGGAACGCAUGCAGAGCAGAGAGGUAGCUUCUACAUGGCAGACAUUGUUGGCCGUUUUAUGGCUGAAAGCAGUGGGCUUGUGAAAGCUUUGGUGUGCGACAGUGCCGGGACACACAAAAUCAUACGACGCAGUCUUCACGGGCAGUUGUCGUCAGAGGAGGAGGCCAACAUUGCCGAUGUCCCGUGGUUUGGAAAGCUUGUUCACACAGAAGUACCAGAAAAUUGCCUUCCAAGAUUUCCAAUGAGGAUUGCCCAUGAUGGCGAGGAAGUGGUGUAUGGUCUUCCAGGUGUUUGUCAUGCAGUGAAAAACUCGGGUGGACAGAUCUCCAGCUUCCUCAGAACUUGCUACUAUGGUGACUAUUGGGCUGACAUGGCACAGAGUCGCAGCAAUGGUUUGCCACCAAGCGCAUUCUCCCGAGAGAAUAGCAUGAGCGACAAGCAUCAGGCUUUGCUGGGAAACCCUUGGUUCCUCAUUGACAAUCCUGAUUGCCCAAUGAAAGACGCAAUGGUGCCAUGGGCCAGCAGAGGGGCUUUACUUCACCAUCUGGUGGUGGCUCUGAAUGCCGCCCCCCUCUUACAUCGACGGAUGCCAUUGAUGGAAAGGUGCCAAGCCCAGAACUCACAACUUUCAUGCCGAAGCUACUUUUUGGCAUCAGCGCGUCAAACCUUGCGCAUGCACAAGAUCCUGUCCAAGCAGUCACCACCAAACGGGGCAGAGCACCCAUUGACUGAACUGCAGUUCCAAGCUUGUUGCAAGCAAGCCAUGUGCUCUGCAAUUCAGCUGGUUGCAAAAGUCAGCAGUAUGUCUGAAGCUGCCCUCGAAAAGGAGUACACAAAUCUUUGCCAGCAGGAAGGUUUUCAAGGUUUGACUGAUGCACUCUUUGCGGACGAUGAGUUGCCUGAUGGGACUCAGGUUGACGAGGAAGCCAGUAAGGGAAAAGAUCAAUGCUUCGAGUUGGUCACUUCCAUCCAGCGCGAGAAAAAGUUCAUCGACCCUGACAUCAGCUUGGAAACUGCGGCGGAUGAACUCAACCUGGAAGACCCAGAGACUGUUCACAUGAAGCAGAUGCCUGACUCAGAGGACUUGUCAAAUUUGUUCAAGCCUGGCAUUGAUGAGACUGAGGCGGACGAGACAUCUCAGGACAAGGGAGUUUCAUCUCUUUCUUCCAGAAACCCGUGCACUUUGAUGGAAGCCCUCGAUCGCGCUAGGCGUGAGAGUGAUCACGUCUUUUGGAACCUUCUGUGGCGCCUCAGUGUGCACCUUCGCUGCAGUUCAGGCGGCAUGGAUGUUGGGUGGCUUCCUAAUGGAAGAAACUGUCGCAGAGCGGCUCGAACUCUGAAUUGGCAUCAGUGGAACGAACGAGCCAUCGCCAUUAUGAAUGCCGAGAAAGAGACAGUUCAGUUUCGUUCUCGCACGUCCCGCCUCCACAAGUGGCGUGAGCUUGUAGACAAGGCACUUGCUGAUCUCGAACUACCCAUGGCGUCGCCGGACGUGAUCAGGUCUGGGCACAUCAUCCUUUUCUCUCUUCCUUGCGAUUCAGCGCAACCCCAACUUGAGCUUGGCAUGAUUUUGACGGUGUGGAGGGGAAUAAAGAAUCCACGACCCCAUAGCGGAGAUGUCCAGGUCGCCAGUUGCGUAGCAUUUCGCGCAGUGCAGCUGGCCAUGGAGAACGAGGAACGCAUGAAAAUGCUACAAAAUGAGUGUUCCUGA